AAAUAUUUUUGUUGUAUGAUGCACACCACUUGGGCGUGUGCAUAGUUACGGUUGUAAAUAUUGUAUGCAAUAGUUCUUCUAUUCCGAGUGUAACUUUGGGUCGCGAGAGGGACUGAACUCGGUUACUCAGUUGCAGUUACAUUCAGUGCGAAGCCUAACUCGCCUCACUUGUGUGUGUCAGAACCAGUCAAAACUGCUAUUUGUGAAUAUCAGCGAGUGUGUUGUGUAUGUGGUCUUAGCGUAAGAAAGAGAGCGAAGAAAAUGCCGUCGUCCCAUCGGCAUUUUGACAACUGUUGAAAAAUAUUUACAACACCGCAGAAACAUUGGAAUAAAAAUUAAAGAAAAUACAUAAGAGAAACGAAAUUGUAUACACCAGGAUCGAAGACAAAAUACACGGAGCGAUAACAGCAAAACAAACAUAAAAUAAUACAUCUUAAUGGGGCGUUUAAUUUCGCGUGAGAGGACCUAAUUCGUUCAUAAUGUGUGUAUAUAAUAUAUGAAGGCACAAAAUUGUAUGGAUUCUAUAAGGAUAUUGUUUUUAAAUGGAAACAAUUAAGGACGUUGUGUGUGUAUUGAUUACGGUAUAGGUUAUGUUUCCAACUUGCAUUAGCUUCCUAGAUAUUCAGUCAUGGUGGGAAGUCCCCAGCAUUGCUCAUUUCUGUUCUCUUUUUCGUACAACUUUCAACCUUCUGGAUUUUGAUAUUGAGGAUCUUGAGGAAGCCUUACUUGCUGAUGGUACUGAGGAAACAUCGUGGCUGCAAGAGUUAAUUGUUUUACUUCUCAAAGGUUGCCAGCCCAGAAAUGAGAUAUCUGUGUCAAAUUAUCAGAUGUUUUUGAGACGGCUCUUCCGUAGGAAAUGUCAACAGCAUAAUAUAACAAAUCCAUUUAACACUGAUAUUGAUUUCCAAUUGUUACCACUGAGAGCUAAAGUUGUUAUACUUAGUACUCUUUGUGAUUUUCGUUUGGAUGCAGCUGAUGUGAUUGGGCAGUUACGAAAGUUAGAAGCAGAUAGCUUAAGGGUUGAACCUUUGGGUUAUGAUAGCAACAAAUCAGCCUAUUGGUAUUUCUAUGGCACUCGUUUAUAUAGAGAGGAUAAACCUAAAAGUAAAAAUCCAAUUUGGCAAGUGGUGUGCUUCACUUUGAAUGAUUGGACACAAUUAGCUAAGAAGUUUGAGAACUCCAAAUGUAGGGCUGAAUGCCAGUUGUCCUACACCCUCAAUGAGAAUUUCCUACCAGAACUUCCUAGUUUGUUCAAUGAGAAGGAGAGUCUUGCCCGAAAAAGGUUAAUAGAACGUUUGCCAAGACGGUCUUCAAAUAGACUUAAAAAUAAGGUAGAGGAGGAUCAAUUCCUCCAGCGAAAAGUUCUAACUAGUCAGACUGGCUUUGACGAAGAAUCACGGUGGAGAAUUGAACCAGACAAGAAGCAUCAAGAAGAAAACAUUCGCGAGCACAGGAGUAAAACGUACGAAAGAUUAAGACGUCGGGAUUUGCGACAGCUUCGUGAACACGUUGAAAGCGAUUUCUCCGACGACGGCCGGUAUGAAAUGGCCGGAGCCAAGGGGAAGGAUAAGAAAACCAAAGGGAGUCCCAAACAGAAAAAGGAUGAUGGAAGAGAUGUUUCAAGUAGAAGAAGUGGAUCUGCAGUUGGAAACAAGAACGCCAAAGGUAACGAUGGAAAGGACUCAAAACCAGUGGGUAGACAGACAAACAACUCACUUGCAUCAGCUACAGGGCAGAUUCUUAUUCAGCCUGUAUCAAAUCCACAUAGAAAGAAAAUGAAAACUUCACAAGUUUUCAGUCAAUCAGAAGAGGACCUGCAAACAGGCCUACAUAAAAUUUUGGACCAUGUUAAAAAUCAUGACGAUGCUUGGCCUUUUAUUGACCCAGUUGAAGAAGAAUAUGCUCCAAAUUAUUAUUCAAUAAUACGAAAACCAAUGGACCUGCAAAGUAUGGAAGAUCGGUUGGAUUCGGGGCACUACAAAACUUAUUCUAAGUUUAAAACUGAUUUCCAAUUAAUAGUCGAUAAUUGUAGACUUUACAAUGGCGCUGACAAUGAAUAUACAGAGAUGGUUGAUAAUUUGCUAGAAGUUUUUAACUGCGCAGUGGAAAAGUAUUUGGAACAAAUUACUUCUUCCGAUGAAGAAAUUGCCGUGGAAUAUCCUAAUGCAGAUAAGGAUAAAGCGAAUAAGAAGAAAAAAUGCGACGUUGUGGUUUCAGGUACAAAGAGAAAACCAUCUCUUGCGGUACAACCAGAUAGAAAGAAGGAAAGAUCACCUUCAGAAGAGUCUUUACAUUCUAUUGAAGAUAUAAAAGAGGUAGAUGACAUUAAAGUUAAUAAAUCAAUUAAGAAAACAGGGAAGGGUCCAGGAAGAGGCAGAGGUCGAAAGCCACGUGAAAUUCCUUUUGAAGAAAAGGUGACAAAAUUAAAAAAGACUGAAACGAAAAGUAACAAAAAGUUAGAUUUAGUUAAGAUAAAAGAAGCAAAGAAGGAAGAUAAAUCUAAGAGUAAACAAGAAGAGAAGGUUAAGAAAACAGACAAAGCAGUUAAAGAUAAUGAUAAACGGAAACAGGAUGAGACAACAGAGAAAGUAAAUAAAAUGAAAAAAGUUAAAAAAAGUGAAUUACCAAAAUCCAAGAAACCUGAACCAGAAAAAACUAAAAAAUGUCAAGUCGAUGAAGUUAAAAAUAAGAAGGAUCUAAAAAGUAAGACAACUGUUGCUAAGAUAAAAAAGUCUGAUCAAGUAGAGGAAAUGAAAAAGGCAAAAAGUAUAACAGCAAGUAAAAAAUCUGAUAAAAAAGCAGCUGUUUGUAAACCUAAAGUUGAGGAAAAGAAGAAAGUUGCUAAGAAAAGAAAACGAUCACCCUCUAUGAGUAGUCCUGAAAGACGAAAAAGUAAAAGUCCAACUAGGGAACCAUGGAGUGUCAGUCCACCACCAUCAUGGCCACCUUCAAGUCCAGAAAACAAUUCAAAAAAGAAAGACAGUGCCGUGAAGGAUGUUGUAAAUGAAAUAGGUAAAAACAAAGUAAAAAAUGACUUGUCAAAAGAAACCGUCAAUGAAGAUAAAGAUAAAAAAACAGAUUGUGAAGUUCCAAAACAUAAAGACAAACAUAAUAAAUUACGUGAGACAAUUGAGAAAUUAAAAGCAAAAUCAGACAUGACUAAAUUAAGUAAAGAUAUGAAAGUAUUUGAGUUUGAGAGCGAGAAACCAAAGGAUAUUAAAAAGGAUCAUGUAGAUUUAAAAAAGAAAGCCAAAAUUAGUAAGAAAGAUGAUUACGAGGAUGGCAAUAGUACAGCUGACAGUGUACAGUCGGAUAAGAAAUCUAAAAAGAAAAGCGGGAAUAAUUCGAAGCCUCUCGAAUAUGAUGCUCUUAACUUAGCCACCGAGCAAACGUUGAAGGACAUCAAUAAGUGGUUAGACAGUUCACCUAGUUUUACUUCAGCAAGUAAUUCACCAUCACAUUUUGGAGAUGAAGUCGAUCCAAUUAAAAUCAGCGUGGAGAUAGAUAAAAAGAAAGUUGAAAAACCUGUGGUACCAAAGAAAGAUGUCGGAAAAGAGACAAAGAAAAGACCGUUUCAAAGAGAUCCCAACAAACGGCGGAAAGAAGUCCAACGUACCAUAGAUCGUUUACAACCAGGCAAAAGCAAAGGGAAUUUGAUAACUAAUGUACAGAGUACAGCUAAGACAGAUGAUAUUUUCCCUUUGGGUCCCUUAUCUAAAAUAAAGGACACUAAAAAUUCGCUGAUUGUUAAAACGGACGACACUGCACCAAAACUUAGUUUGGGUUCGGUUUUGGACAGUUUUGGCGAGCAUAAAUUCGUUGAUGAUGAAAUCAAAGAGAGCAAAUUAAAGGAUGUGGAAGAUACCAAGAAAACUGACGUUUUGGCAGAUGCUGAAAAGAAAAUUGGUGAAAAUAGUGUAGAAAAAGAAUGUGUUAAAGAUGAGGCUAAAGUUGAACCGAUAAAAUUAGAUAAUAGCCCGGGCGUUGCAACUCCCAACUUAAGUGCCUGGUUCAAAGCCUUCGGUGCUCCUAAAGUACAACCUUCAACGACCAAGAAGCCAGAAAAGGAAGAAAAGAUUGAAGAGGUUAAAAAGGACGAAGUAAAGAAAGUAGUUGUCGCUGAACCGUCGCCAAAUUCAGACAAUUUGGUCAUGCAAGUUGGACAGCCGAUUGCGCGACAACGUAAGGUCAGUACUGGAAGUAGCAUAUCUGAACGUUCUUCUUUUUCUCAAGAUAUGGAUUCACCUCGGGUUGGCAUUGACGAGCGGAUUGGUGCAUAUCCUGCGCCUUAUCCUUCUCCACUUCAUAAAUCACCUUCUGGAGCGUCUCCUAACUUGCCAUCUCCUCGACCUGAUGUCUCUCCAAAAUAUAAUUUUAAUAAUGGGCAAAUACGUGUUGGCUUCUAUCAAGACACGGUUUCUACCAAAAGCAGUCCUGAAAAAUCUUGUAGUCCACGAGAUAAUCCACAAUCGCCCUAUUCUCAAUAUGGUGAAAUGUAUCCAAAUAAUCAAAAUUACAGCUACACCAAUCCAUAUUAUCCGCCAAAUUACUCAACUUCAAAUCCAACACCACCAUAUAAUAAUGAGCAAAGUAAUCAAGGUUAUUACGAUCAGACGAAGAGUGUAAAUUCACCAGUGAACAGCCCAGUUGCACACUCGCCGAUUAACCAACAAGAUUCUCCCACAAUUAAUCAGCCUCAGCAGUCACCUAGUUUGAGUCAACAAAAUUCGCCUAGCGUAGACUCGUAUCAGCAAAAUAGUCCCAAUAUGGAUAUACUUUCAAUGGAAGGAUAUCAACGACAGAAUCAAUCUCAAUUGCCUUCACCGAAUUAUAAUAGGCAGGGUCAACAACAGCAAGGCAUGGCGAUACAACAUAAACAAAAUAUACAAGAGACACAAGCUAUGACUCAUCAACAAAUAUCUCCCAAAUAUCAGCAGCAAGAUAAUAUGCAAUUGCAUGUUCCAAAGAUUGACCAUAAUGCGAUGCAAUCACAAGAACCUCAGCAAGAACGACAAUUAUCUCGACAAAUGACCCAAAUGCAUCAAACAAUGUUUACACAACAACAACGUCAUAUGAUCCACCCACAGCAGCAACAACAGCAGCAGCAAACGCCACCAUCACAACAACAAAAUGAAUUAUAUUCUUUAGAUAAUUAUAGAAAUAGUCAAACAUUAGAUCCAAAUUACCGCCAGAGUCCGCAAAUGAUUAAUGAGACACAACAACAGCAACAUAUAGUAAAACAGCAAAAUGCUUCUGCUCCUCCACCAACUACUUUUCCAGUAAAGAAAAGGGCAUAUAGCGAAAUAGAUCAAUUUCAAGAGCAACAAUUUACUACUCGUAACAUAGAAGCCCCAGUAAUAAUGGCGAAUCGAUUGGAGCCUGUCAAUGCAACUGAACAAGGACAAGGGGCCAAAUAUGUACAUCAAAAUAUACCAGAACCAAGAUCAAUGCCUAAUUCGCAGAUGAUCCAAAAUCAAUCAAGUGCAGGUGUUAUAUUAAAUACCACUGGUGGGCCUCAGCAAGAUAAUGCCGCUUUGAGGAAUUUCUCCCCAACAGUUUCAAAUCCUUACAAUUACAAUACAGAUUCAUAUCCUUUAAAUAUACCAUCAAGGGCACUGCAACAGGAAAGAAAAACUACUGAUUUGUCCAAAUUUGCAGAUAUGCAGCAGGCAAGAAAAUCUACAGAUUUGUCCAAAUUUACGGAUAUGCCAGCUUACAAUAGUGCUGCGGGAAUGGAUUUUACACGCAACACUACACAAUUCAAUAAACCCGACUUGAAUUUUCCGAAGGCUACGAUACAGAAUGUACAGACGUCUGAGCAACAAAUACGUUUCCCUGAUGCAGCUACAAAUAUGAUAAACUAUAAAUCAUCUCAAGCUCCAAAUCAACCGACAACAAGUUUAUCUGAAGUUUCAAUACCAAGACCUACUUACAGUGCACCAACAACAUUAGAAAUGGAUCUUAGAGGAAAUUUAGCUAAUCUUUCACAUAUAGUGGAACGAUAUCCGAAUGACGAAAGGGUAUUACCGGGUUUACAAUCUAGCGCUCCACCGGCAUAUAACAUGACACCAGCACAACAUAUGUUUAGUAAACCUAAUGCAUCGAUGUUCACACAACCUAAUUCAAUGCCUGCUUAUACUCACAACAUCCAAAAUAAUGCCAUGUACAAUAGACCUAUGUCCGAAAUACAAGGUCCAGCUCCUGUUAAUAUGAUGGGGCAGGAUCGAAAUGCAGGGGUUAACACACCGACACUUCAGCAGCAAAUGCAAGAGAAAAAAACCAAAAGACGUAAAACAACAAAAGCAGCAGUAAAUCCUACACCAUCCACUGUUAUGGAAACGAAUCCUACGGCUGUCUCAACACAAGGAUUCCAAUCCUACAAAAAUCCCGGAUCAAUGGAGCCCAGCGCUAUUUCGUUAAAAACAGCAAGUGUACCAGGUAGUGCCUUUAAUUUUGGUCCCACCGCGCCUGGUUUAGGAUUAGGUACAGGUCUUUCAGAUGCGUAUCCUAAUUAUUUGGAGGAUUUUCGUUCUGCUCCUCAAUUGCUCUACGCUCAUCAUCGUACUACUCCCACUGAAGGGGGCUCCGAAAAACCUGCAGCAAAUGUUAGGACUGCUCAUCAGUCAACCAAUCCUCAGCCGCCUGCACCAGGUUACACAUUUCUUGGCACACCACAAUCGAGGCCUGGUUAUCCUCCACUUGGUGGUCAUUUCAUGCCUCCUCCUCCUCAUCAUCAAGGAACUUUGAUGGAUGCAAGUUCCCCACUCUACCAGCAGUAUUUGCAAGCUGGGGUGCUGCAUCAAGGACUUUUAGCGCCCGGCGCGUAUCCACCACCGGGUUACCUUAGUAUACGUCAGCCAUACGAUCCAAUGUCGAGAUCAUUCUAUUAAUGAAAACCAUAAACAAGAAUUCGACAAAAUUAACCAAAGACAAUUUUAAUAAUCUGUAGAUAAAUGUGUAUAGUUCCCCAUCCCACGAAGAAACAACAACAUAUUUUAUCAUCAUUAUAUAUAUACAUAUAUAAUUG